ACAACAUGAGCUAGGAGAGGCUUCUCAAGAAGAUCCUGCUUACUCAAAAAAUCUUUCUUCUUCUUUUCUUUUGUUUUCUUUUUUUAAUUGAGAAGCUAAGUGUCUGCCAUUUUUAAAUUUAUUUUGUUUAAAGGGAAACCACUGCCUUGAAAAUGAGACUAAAUAUUGCCAUCUUCUUUGGGGCUCUCUUUGGUGCUUUGGGGGUUUUACUCUUUUUGGUGGCCUUUGGAUCGGAUUAUUGGCUUCUUGCAACUGAAGUGGGGAAGUGUUCAGGUGAACAGAAUAUACAGAACAUCACUUUCCACCAUGAAGGAUUCUUCUGGAGAUGUUGGUUUAAUGGGAUUGUGGAAGAGAAUGAUUCCAGUAUCUGGAAGUUCUGGUACACCAAUCAGCCAGCAUCCAAGAACUGCGCACAUGCUUACCUGUCUCCAUAUCCCUUUAUGAGGGGAGAGCACAACUCAACCUCCUAUGAUUCUGCUAUUAUUUACCGUGGUUUCUGGGCAGUCCUGAUGCUUCUGGGAGUCGUCACCGUGGUGACUGCAAGCUUUCUGAUCAUCUGUGCAGCUCCCUUUGCAAGCCACGUUCUCUAUAAAGCCGGUGGAGGUGGUUACCUUGCCGCAGGCAUCCUGUUUUCCCUGGUGGUGAUGCUGUAUGUCAUCUGGAUCCAGGCAGUGGCUGACAUGGAAGACUACAAAACCAUGAAAAUGAGAGACUGCUUGGAGUUCGCCCCUUCUGUUGUCUAUGGCUGGUCAUUUUUCCUGGCCCCGGCAGGGAUAUUUUUUUCUUUGCUAGCUGGAUUACUGUUUCUAGUUAUUGGGCGGCAUAUACAGAUACAUCACUAAUCAAAUCGUUGCCACCAGCAUUUUCUUGAGAGAUUUUAAAACAGAGAAUUUCUUUUUCAUUUUGUUUGGGUGAUCCCAACGUAGAAUUAGACUAGUUGAGCUGGUAUUUGAAUUUUGCUUUUACAUUUUACUUGUGAUUUCCUCUAAAUAGGAAGGUCCUAGAAUAUUUCUGGACAUCCACAUGUUUCCAUCCUCUGUAGGUGCUUUCAAGAACCUAGUUCUCUUAGGAGCAGGUAAAAUGGGCCUCCCUUUCACUGCACCUGUUAGAGCUCAUGCAGGUUACAAAGGCCUGAUAAUGGCAUGAUAUCACCCCCUGGGCCAGUGAAGCUUUGACUUAAAACUUCCUUCUUGGCACUCACUUCUGCUGAUCAAAACAAAAACAAAAACAAAAACAAAAAACAAAAAACAAACAAACAACAACAACAACAACAAACAAAAAACGUUAGAGAAUAAUUAAAAUGGAAAACAAGUGUUGUCAGAGAACUUCCUCCAUUUCCUCUCCACACACAUGCAUCUCCACAUAUGCAUUACUGAGUCCUGUAAACCAAUUAUUUCUAACUUAAAAACAGGUAGCAGUGUGCUUGUGGCAGGAACCAGGCAGACCCAUCGGUUCAAGUGGGCCACAACCAGACUGAGGGCGCGUACUUACUCCACUCUCCAGCCAACAGGACUUGGGUCACCUAAUCGUACUCCCUUAAUUGUGCGUCCUUAUAUAAACCUUAAACUGUGUUUAAAAGUGACUCAUCUGUACACCAACUUACAUUUAAUGUAGAAUGGAUUGUUAGGAGCUCAGUGGAUUAAUUGAAAAUACGUAAAAAUAAGGCACCUUAGCUUAGUACUUCAUUCUGUUUGAUAUUUUAAAAUCCCCCCUUAAAAUUAUAUGCUAAUAUGUUCAGCAUGUGAAAA